AUGGCUGGCGUCGCGCCGCCGGCGGGGAGCAGCGCGAUUCCCGACCUGAACGAGCCUUUCAUGGAGGAAGAUGUAGACGCCGCUAGGGCAAAUAUUCCCGCCGACAUGGUGGUCGACGUAGACGCCGCUAGGGCAAAAAUUCCCGUCGACCCGACCAUCCCCCUACCGCCAGGGACGAAAGGGGCUCCCGAACCCGAGCCGGACCAGUACUCGCCGCGUUCGGACACGGAGCAGCUGCCGCCAAUUGGACCAUUUCCAGAAAACGACUACAUGUAUCUGACCGUAGAGGACUUGUUGGCAGCCGACGAGAAAGAUGACGCCUUCCUGCAAAACAUUCCGCGCGACGAUUUUGCGGAAGCCGCCUUCGACAUCAACAAAGAGCUCGCCAAGAAGAACAGAUUGCUGAGGAUGAUGUGGGGUUUCCGGCAUCUGGACACGCUGGAGGCGAGAACGACCCGGGUUCAGUACCUGCGGGCGCUGCUCGACUUCAGGAGAUGGUGCUGCGCGAACCUUCCAAGACAGCAAACCGCCAGAGUCAAGGGGGACGGCGUGCUGGAACACGAGGACGAGAUAGGGAGGUACGUCGAUGAAGACAUGGGUGAUAAGUGGCACACCGCCAAGGGCGACCUACAAUGGAUGCACGGUCCCCGCGUCAACGCCACGCGGAUCAGGGCGUACAUUCUAUCAAUCGCGAGGCAGCACGGUAUUGCAAAGGCCGAGGAGCUCGAGGAUCUGAAUCCCGACGUCCGUGUCCAGCCCCUGAAGCCGACAACCGUUUCGAUGCUGCUCAUCCACAUCAAAGCGCUCCAGACAGCCUGCAAGGUCGAGGGGACGCUCUUCGGGGUGAAGGAGCUCCACAUCAUGUACGACAUCUCCGAGGUCCGCUCGGAGGUGCGCGCGAUGGUCAGAGAGAAGUGGCACAGGGACGACAGGGAUUGUGUCGACCGGCACCGCGGAACGCUCGGCGACACGUACGCCACCGACCAGAUCCGCCACCUCAUGUUCAAGGUCUUGCCGACCUGGGCAGCUCGGGCGUACGAACCCAAAGCGGCCACCCCCUCCCAGACACUGUGGAAGUUUCUGCUGAUGAAGACGAUGACCCUCUUGGGUCACCACACCCUUCUUCGCGGAGCCAGUCUCCGAGCGAUCGAGCUCCCCGACCUGUUUUUGUACAGAAUGGGGAGCGCGUCGCCCGAGCACUCCACGCGACGGCCGGUUGUCAUGGUCGUCGCGUCACGAAACUCCAAGACGAACAAGGAUGCUCGUCUGCAUCACAGCUAUGCGGCGAGACACCUGGAGCAAGAGAUGUGCGCCGUUGGUCACACACUGUUGUGGCUGCACUUCGUGUACGACCAGCUGAGCCGCUCGCCCACCUCUCGAUGUGUGCCGCCCCUCGACUUCACAACUCCGUACAGCUGGUAUCACAAGCACCUCUUUCAUGCUCGGAACGACAAGGCACAAAAAGAGCUGCCGGCUUUAUCUCAUUCUCGGAUCACGAAAGAGAUGUGGCGGACGAACAAGAUCUUCAUCACGCGCAACACCCACGCCGCCCGGGCGGGUGGGGCACAGGAGCUGGCCGACGACGGCGUUCUGCAAUCUGACAUCGCCGACUUGGGCCACUGGGCGCUCGACAAACUCGCGAAGAGCUACAUCACGACCAUCCCGAAGGCGGCGGUGUUGAGAAAGGCCGGCUACACGGGCAAGCGCGGCGACUACCACCUCGGCCGGAGCAUGGUGAAGCCCGACGACAAGGUGGUGGCCCUCAUCGCCCAGCACAUCUUUCCGUGGGCUGAAGCGGAACUGGCCAAGGUGAGCAUUUCGGACGGCAAAAACGCCGACAACCCGCCGACCAUCUCCACGACGACAUUAUACCGACGGCUGAUUGUGUUUGUGUUUGUGUUCGACUCGCAGGCGGUAAGGUGCGCAUCCGCGAGAGAGCCCAACACGGCCGGGGUGCACUUCCUGCAAUCGCUCAUCGAGUUCGGCCGCCGAAUCGUCGCCGAGGAACUUGCGUGCAUGCUGAUGCGCGAACCGUGGCACCCGUACGUCCAGAGUUCCAAGCUCUGCCGCGACCCCGACUUCCAGAAAUGGGCCAAGGACGUCAACAGGGUGGACCUCGAAACCAUCGCGACGCGCAGUACUCCGAGCGAGAACCCCCAAGAGGAAUUCAGCGCGCGAGUCGACGCCGAAUAUCAGGUCGACCAGCUCACCAUGAUGCUGCACCGCCAGAGGGAGGAUGCCGCGAUCGAGAAGCUUGAGAUGCAAAAGAAGUUGGAGGAGAAGGACGCGGAGAUCGCGAAAUUCCUCGUCAGACACACGCGCAUGAUCUGCAAGGUCGAAAAGGGCGACAAACCCGCCGCGUCGGCGAAGUCGGCGAAGAGCUCUCGUCCCACGACCGAGGUGGGUGAGACGGGGAAAAACGAUGCGCUGCAGCAAUGCACUCGCCGGAUGAGGCGGAUCAUGGAAGCGGUGCACGACUUGCGGCGGAGCGACGACGCCGCUGACACCGCCACCGUCAUCAAGCUACUCGACCACCUGGGGCGAGCGGGGCUUUCCACUUUCAGCGACGCGCUCUUGGUCCUCCGUGCAACCCCGCCCAUCAAGGUCCCCACCACAGUCGACGGAAAGUCAGUCGGCAUCAAGGGUCUGGACAAGCCGCUGGCGAGGAAGCUCGCCGUUGCGUGGGGUGUGGUCACGGCGGGCUACAUGGACGCUGAUAGGGGAAAGAGGCUCUUCGGCGACUUGUGGGAUGAGCAGGCCAAUAAGGCCGGCUUGGAGGCCGAGGCGACUGCGGGAGCCAUUGGCGCAGGGAAGCGCAAGAGGGCGGGCUGA